AACACUACUAUAAAUACAUGAACAAUCAAAAUAAUUAAAUUGAUGAUUAAGUUGUAAAUCAAAAAAAUGUUCGUGACAAGACAGGUUUACCUAUUAAAAGAUUCUAUUCUGUUAAAAUUAAUUGUCAAAUUUGUUUAGAUUAAUUAACAUAAAAUGAUGAAAUAUUCAGAACAAAUUGUGGAGAUACCUUCCACAAAAAUUGUAUCAACUAAUAUAUUGAAUAAAAUUUAAAAGAGCGAUAUCAAGAGCUUCGUUGCCCAUCUUUACAUUGCAGUAAUAUUAAAUUAUUAUAUAAAUUAAUAGAAGAAAAAUUAUCAGCUUCACUCUUACCAAAAUUAGGAUAUACAUAUUAAUAAAUUAACAUCUAUUUUAGUGCAUAAUUAGAAGCUUUAGUUAUUGGUUAUCCAGAUAAAUUCUCUUGUUGUCCAACAUUAGGAUGUCAAAAUAUUUUUAUUGUCAAUUAAAGAGAAUAACCUUUAUUUUGGUGUGAAUUUUGUGAUAAAAAAUAUUGUCUCAGAUGUAAAUCAGAUGCCCAUCCAUAAUUCACAUGUGAAGAAUUCUAAAAAUCUAAGAAUAUCGAAGUAAAAAUCAAUUUAUUUUUAAUAUCAAUAGAAUAAUGAAAGAGAAUUCAAAAAAUUAAUUGAAAAUCUCAGUUGUAAAUAAUGUUCAAAUUGUGGAGCAUGGAUAUUAAAGUCAAAAGUAUAAAAAUAUAUGAUAUUAGGGAUGUAAUCAUAUGAAAUGUAAAUGUGGAUAUGAAUUUUGCUAUAAAUGCGGUAGAAAGUAUAGAGCUCCAGAUUGCAAAUGUCCCUUAUUUGACAGAGACAAUUUACCAUAACCUUGAAAAAUUUAUAAAAAAUUGAAUAACAU